AUGUCGCCGACAAAGAAGCUCUCCAAGCCUCUCAUUGAGAAGCGUCGUCGUGAUCGGAUCAAUCGAUGCUUGCGGCUGCUCAAAGAGUUGGUUAUCGAUUCGAAACGGUUUCCAGUUGCCAAUUUGAACAAGUCUCGCUUUGAGAAAGCCGACAUUCUGGAGAUCACCGUGAAGUACCUGAUGACGAUUCAGCAGGAGGAGCGACGUGCCUUUCAGAUGGGCUUCAACACCUGCCACCAGGAGAUUCUGAAGCUUGUUCAGGAGCUAACUAACGGCGGCAAGGAACAGGAUGGCUCAAAUGAGGAGGCAAUG